ACUGCAUUGACUAGUCUACAACUGAACUCACCGUGUAUUGUUCGCUUCACCAGUUUCUCAACGGAAUCCUUGUAGCAUACCAGCUGGUCUGUAUCCAGUUCCGUGAACAGGCUCUGUCACGGUGGAUUGCUUUGACUAAAAUUCCGGUUAGACCACCGAUAAACUCGUUGUAUUCCGUUGCUGGUUGUAGAGGUCGAAAGCGCGCAACCAGCAAGAAACGACGGGGUAUGUUGCUACGCAGUUGAUAAAUAUGAUAUAGACACAAUAGACCGACAAAUAGUGUAAAGGAGAAAGAGAGAUGAGGUGAUGUUCUGACACACUGAGACAACGUGGACAGAAAUCAAGACGAGGAACUCUAUUCUUGUACUACUACAGGCACGGAACCAGCAGCCAUUGGAUGUCAGUGUGGGGAUCAUUCAGUCCCACAUGUGAUGGACCCCCAGCAGUUUGAUGGAGGCCAUGUGUUAGAGGGCUGUAACACACCCGGUAACAGGGACCACCGGCCCCCUCCUGCCAAACUGGUCCGCUUGGAGUUGAACGGUGGCGGGGGCCCCCCAGGGCCACACCAGGGCAGGACGAGACAGGGGAGCCCAGGGGUCAGAGCCCUUACUUCGGCCACCACACCCACACCACAACCCAAGAACUGGCAUAAAAGAGGGAGCCUGCUGCCUGUGCUGUGUUUGGUGGAGCACAGAGAGAGCCCGGUCCCGGCAGUGGAGGCUGAGAGGAGAGAGGAGCAUGCAGAGUUUGUACUGGUCAGGAGAGACAUGCUGUUUAACCAGCUGUUAGAGAUGGUUCUACUGGCCCUGGGCUACUCUCACAGCUCAGCAGCACAGGCGAAAGGUUCGAUCCAGGUGGGUAGGUGGAACCCUGUCCCUCUGUCCUGUGUGACUGAUGCUCCUGAAGCAACUGUGGCUGACAUGCUGCAGGACCUCUACCAUGUCACCACCAUCAAGAUCCAGCUCACCAGUUGUCCCAGGUUGGAGGACCUACCUCCAGAACAGUGGAGUCACUCCACAGUGAGAAACGCCCUGAAGGAGCUAUUGAGAGACAUGAACCAGAGCUCACUGGCCAAAGAGUGCCCUCUGUCCCAGAGUAUGAUCUCCUCCAUUGUAAACAGCACCUACUAUGCAAAUGUCUCGGCCACCAAGUGCCACGAGUUUGGCCGCUGGUAUAAGCACUUCAGGAAGACCAAGGGCAUCAUGGAGAUUGACAGCUUCUCUGACCAAUCCCAACCGGGCUCCACACACCCAUCAACCAAACAACCAUUCCCAGGCAGCACAGCCGAGCAGGUCGGCUCCUCGCCCCUCCCCUACCCUCACGGGGGUGCCGCUCAUAUUUCUGGGCGUGGUUGUCUGGCCCCAAGUCUCUGCCCCCCCGGGCUGGUGACCGCCCCCCUCAGCCCCCAGCUAGUCAGCCCCCAACAGAUAGUCAUGGCCCAGUUCCUCAACCAGCAGUAUGCAGUCAGCCAUAUGCUAGCCCAGCAAAGCCAGUCUGUAUCUGUCUCCACCUCCCCCCAGCAGCUCCUCAACUACCCCCCUGUGUGGAGGCCUCCCCCCUCCCUGGCCCUAGCCAAGGGCCUCGACCCCCAGCCUCAGGCUGGACCACCAGGACCCGGGUCUGGGUCCCAGAGCCAAGUGUGUGGACCAUCAGACAUCUCAUGUGAGAUCUACCAGAGGGUGAGAGAGGAGCUGAAGAGAGCAGGCAUCUCCCAAGCUGUGUUCGCCCGCGUGGCCUUCAACAGGACCCAGGGCUUGCUGUCUGAGAUCCUGCGGAAGGAGGAGGAUCCUAAGAGUGCAUCUCAGUCUCUACUGGUCAACCUGCGGUCCAUGCAGAGUUUCCUCCAGCUACCUGAAGGCGACCGCGACCGCAUUUACCAGGAGGAGAGAGAGAGGAGUCUGACCGCGUCGACCACUAUCAACCAUUCCCCACCACGCCCCACACAGACCAGAAAGGAAGAGGGAAAGGAAGAGGGAAAGGAAGAGGGAAACUUUGUUAAGGCUGAAGAUUGGCAGUCCCGGGUUUCCAUAGGCAUUCCUGAAGUGAGGCUGUCUCCAGUAGCAGUAGUAAACAGAGGGGUGAUGAGCGAGGGAUGUGUUCUAAACAGAGGGGUGAAGAGCGAGGGAUGUGUUCUAAACAGAGGGGUGAAGAGCGAGGGAUGUGUUCUAAACAGAGGGGUGAAGAGCGAGGGAUGUGUUCUAAACAGAGGGGUAAAGAGCGAGGGAUGUGUUCUAAACAUCAACAGUUCUAUCUAUGAGGAGAUCCAACAGGAGAUGAAGAGAGCCAAGGUUUCUCAGGCCAUGUUCGCCAAGAUGGCCGCAUCCAAGAGUCAGGGCUGGCUGUGUGAGCUGCUGCGCUGGAAGGAGGAUCCGUCCCCGGAGAACCGAACCCUGUGGGAGAACCUGUGUAUGAUCCGACGCUUCCUGAGUCUGGCCCAGACGGAACGAGACGCCAUCUAUGAACAGGAGAGCAACGCUCUGCAACAACACUGUACAGAAAGACUCACACAGCUAGUCAACGACAACACACUGCUCGAACGCCAAUCCCCGUUGCAACAACAACAUCAUCAACGAACCCUGACCCCUCUGUGCCAGCAGCCCUUGCAGCCCCAGGCGGAGCCUCGCCUGCCGCCACGACAACCAUCCACAGCAUCACCGGCCGAGACUGAGGGGGGUAGGGGGCAACUGAGGACCUGGUGGGGGAGUAGUCAGGGUGAUGGCAGGGGAGAGGACAUUACUGGCAGGGGCAGUAGGGGUUGGGGCGAGGGUAGGGGUUGGGGCGAGGUCAGGAGUAGGGGUGUGUGUAGCAAUGACAAGGAAGGGGGCGAGGGAGGGUGGUCGGGGGGCAGACAGACUAACAGGGAGGGUGAUGGUGCGCGUGAUGGUGAGGGGGGCGAGGGGUUUCGGGUGUCCCGUGAGGCCCAGGGGAUCCUGCAGAGCUUCAUCCAAGACGUGGGUCUGAACCCAGACGAGGAGGCUGUCCACACCCUGUCAGCCCAGCUGGGCCUGCCCAAACACACCAUCCUCAGCUUCUUCCACAGCCAGCACCACAGCUACACUCACCAGAACCAUAGACAGGACUACAGUGAGAUCCGCCACAACCACAACCAACAUCCGAGCCAGAACCAGAACCAAAACCACAACUACAGGGAGAAUCACAACCAACACCACCAGGACCAGCUCUUCUGUAAUGGAGCAGGCCCAACCCAGCCUGAGAGAACUACAGGGGAGGAGGGGGAGGGAGGGACCAUAGCCUAA